GUGGUUGACGGCAACACCUAACGCCCUCCAGGUUUUACAGCCGUGCAACCAAUACCUCGCGUCCUUACCUUUCGCUACCUGGAAUCUCUCUACGCGUCGCAAGAGCGCAUUGGACACGUCCGAAGUGACCGCUCUACAACGAAAACCUCGGGAUCGAAGGUAUCAUUUCAUCACUCGAAGCUGCGCCACCCGUUUCAUCUAGUUCGCUUUCUUCGCCAUGGAGCGCCUAUCAGAAGAAUUGCUAGACCACAUAGUGUCUGAAGUCACCAACCCUUUGCCGAGUAGACAUAAACCACUCUACAACGACCUUCUCAGCUUAUCGCUGGUAUCCCGUAAAUUUUGUCGCAUCGUAGAGCCGUAUAUCUACCGCUCUCUGAUCAUGACCGCGAAUAAUGGAGAAAAAAUGUUACGAACAACGAACACCCGUUCUGAGCUGCUACGACACGUUCGGGCCGUUUUCGUGGAGCAAUAUUGUCAUGUUGCUGAUGAGAUUCGAGACUUCAUCAUGCACCUACCCAAUCUGCAAGAGCUGGACUUGGACACCAUGGGUUCCUUCAAAGAAUGUGGGCUAUCAGAUAUCGUACCAGUAUUGAAGUUACGGACCGUGACCACUCUGCGCCUCUCCGGUGUUGCAGCGAGAGAAACCGUGGCGAUGUCUUUAGACGACUGGAAGUUCGAGAACAAUACGGUCACUAGCCUGGACCUCUCUUUCUUCGAGCCUCAGGAUGGGGAGGAACUCAGUGAAAAAAUCCGGAUCUUCGCGGCGGUUUUCCGCAACUUAAGAUCUUUGAAGUUGCACGCCAACUACCAGUGGAAUACUCACAUUCCUAUUUUGACUGGCUUUACGUUCCGCUGCCUCGUUUACUCAUUCAAGCACGCCUUCGAGACAACUCUUCGCGAAUUUAGCUUUGGGUACAACGAUGAUUAUGGCCAUUCGGAAGAGUUUGAGGUCUUAGGCCACAGUCUCGGUGCAAGGGAAAUACUGAAAGCGUCGCGGCUAGAGAAUCUCAAGAUAGACACAAUCUGUUUGCAAAAGGCUAACCAAACAAACAAGCUAAGGAGUCUGUUACUUGAACCUUCGUGUCUACCUACGUCCUUACGUACACUGUACGUGCGUCAUAUCGUUGCCACGGGAAACCUAAAUCCCGAGGAAAGGAAUCUCAUGCACUCAGACGAAGCUCAGUGUUUGUCACAGCUAGUGAAUCUUGCGUCGCGAAGAUCGCGUUUUCCUAAUCUGCAGAAACUCACACUAGCAAUAUCCCUACCUCCAUUUUUUGAAGAGGUUGCUUCCAGGGUUGUAAAGAUUCAAGCCCGGAAAGCUAAAGUGCAGUUGGAAUUAAUGUUCAUGUAAAGUUAUGUGUAGAGCUGCUGCAGCUGCGAUCGCUGACGAGUGAUUAGGCCUGAGCGGGACCACGUCAGCCAUGAUGUCUCCAGAGCUUGGCCCGAGUAUGACCAUG